AUGACGGCCACGCAAAUCCUCUGUGGAGGGAGAUCGUAUUCAUACUAUGUGGAAGUGUCCCAGUCGUUGGAUGAGAGCUCCUGGCAGAAGGUGGUUGACUACAGCAACUACGCAUGCCGCUCCUGGCAGACACUCUACUUUCCCGAACGCAUUAUUCGCUACAUUCGCAUUGUGGGCACUCGCAGCUCGGUGGGCAAGUACUUCCAUCUCAUAACAUUUCAGUGCCUCUACACGCGCCAAAAAUUCACGGUUCAGAACGACCUCCUGGUACCGCAAACCAAUGUGGCAACAAUUCACCGUGGAGCCACGGUACUGGAGGGAGUGAGCAGACUCAGAAAUUCUCUGAUUGAUGGCGACGUCUCUGUUUACAAUCUCAAUUAUGGAUUUACUUGUCACCAACUUGGUAACGGCUCCAUUGACGUCCAACUGUCACAACCUUUCCUGGUCUCCUCCAUGCGAUUUCUGCUCUGGGAUCUCGAUAGUCGAGCAUACAGUUACAUUGUCGAGGUAUCUCAAGAUCGUCUGUCCUGGACUGUGGUCUUCGACGCCACCCAGCUUCUCUGCCGCUCUUGGCAGACCAUUAAAUUCCCUCUGCAACUGGUCACCUUCAUACGCAUCACGGGGACCGGCAACACAGCAAACGACGUUUUUCAUCUUGUUCACUUGGAGUGUCCAGCUGCUGCAGUGGAUGUCCCCAGUGAUGACUUGAUGGGAGAGGCAGAUCACGGGGGUGUACAACAGCGAAGCUCCUCGCAGUCGACUCGGGCACAGUUAAUAUCACCACCCACAGAUCCUGCUGCUGGCGUCAGUGACGCCAGCGGUGGUAGCAGUGGGGCAGUGGAGAGUUCUGGACCUUCUGUCUACGUAGAUACGGUCAGCAUUCUCCGCCACCAGCGUCCACGACUACUCGAGGUGGAGGAACCCUCAACACCCUCCUCUUCCCUAGUAGCCGAUUUGUCAACCUUCUCUCUCCACUCCGAAGCCACCUUGGACGCCGCUGGCACAGAGACCACAGGCAAUCAGUCGCUGGAUGCCGUGCCACCACCGCUAGCAGUGGCGCAUCACCAGCGUAGGCGUCGCAGAAGGCAUCAUCAUAACAGUCGCCAACAGAGGCCCUCCGUUGAGAACGAAGAUUCCACCGUUCCCAAUGCUGCUACUUCUACCAUCACCGGCGCCAAUGUAUCUGCCGCGAACUUUUCGCUACAUUACUUCUCUGGCAAUUCACGCACCACCUCACUGUCUUCUGUCACUCGCAAUGACAUCGACGGGCAGCCAAUAACCUACUCAAACAUUGAGGGGGGGAGAAACCAAACUGGUCUGCCCCUCCUCAGAAAAUCCAGUGACAGCAGUCUCGACUCCUCAGACAGCGUUCCCUCAAAACAUUCAUGA